AUGGACAGCACAACUGAUACUCAAACAUCGAGUACUGCAGCAGUAGUUGUACUAAGAACGUUCUUCAUUGCGAUGAACGCCUUGGCCAUCGUUCUCGUCAAUAUAUUGAACAUUCUCAUUCUGAUCCGAGCCAGCAUCGGCUCGGAGCCUGCCCGGAUCUACAUUUCUUCCCUCGCACUGGCCGAUAUUCUUGUCGGUCUCUUGGCAUUUUGUAGCACCUUGCCGAGUGGUCACGAUGGGUUCCCGUUUGGAGUCGAGUUGUGCCAGGUUGCAGGAUCGCUUUUUGCCAUAGGGGUGAUGCUCAGCGUGACAUUCCUGGCUUUCAUCAGCGUGGACCGGCUCGUAGCUGUGACCAUGGCACUGAGAUACGAGCACCUUGUCACCCGUAAACGAGCUGCGGUUACGGCCAUUCUAGCUUGGACUGUAAUAUCAGGACUUAUGUUGAUUGCAAUAUUGCUCUGGCCGGAUAUCAUGGAUUACAACGAAGCCACAUUCUUCUGCGAGCCCAGGUUUGAAGAUGCGAAUUUUCCUCCCGUGAUGUUCAUAGGAAUCAUGACUUGGAUCUUGGGCUGCGACUUGACUAUGACGGUUACCUACGGACAUUUGUUCCGUGUGGCACACCGGCACUCGCGUCGCAUCGCGGCCCAGGAACUGGCCGUCACGGCCGCUGCCGUGCACGGCGGCGGACCCCCACGCCGGAGCCGUGUGAUACCCUGGAAGGACAUGAAGGCCGUGCGGAUGAGCUUGGCGGUCACACUGGCCUUCAACGUAGCGUGGGUUCCAACGAUCUGCCUGGACUUUUACAAGUUCACCAGGAAGACGAACGCUUCACCUGGAACCGAGUUUGCAAUCACUUGGCUCUCCGUGUCCAACAGUUGGUGGAAUUUUCUUAUCUACAGUGGAAUGAAUAAGCAGUUCAGAGAUGCUGUCAAGCACCUUGCAAAACAGACCUGGGCAAAAUGUAAAAGAGGGACGCCGGAGAGGCAACCACAGGACCGGAACUCCCCAGUCCAGGAAAUCCAACACAUUAGAGAAACCCGGCAUAGAGUGGUUUGGGAGGGCGGUGAGAGACACGUUGUGGGGGAAACCUCCUGCUAAAUCUUCCUGCUGAGACUACACUUGGGAGAGCAAGUCAGUGCACACAAUCUGACUUCACACAAAGUGGUAGGAAGACUACGGAAUCUUGACUUGAUCCACUGUACUGUGUGUGCGGAGAGGGAGUGUAGCCUAAUGUUGGGGUUGCAACUCAAAACAAGAUGAGUAUGGGUCAGAGAUUAGAAUCCAACAACUGGCAACGUGAUUGUGUCCUUGGGCAAUCCACUUUACCACUUUGCAGUUUUCUCCCAGGACAUGCAUACGCAGACUGAGACGUAUAUCCUAUCAAAGGUCUUUUCAUACCAAAUGAACUGGAGAUGAGCACCUGGUGAGACAUAUUGGUUGGGGACAGAUUGUAGUUAAGAAGGGACAGGUAGUUAUUUUAAGCAUGGUUUUAGUGUGGGAGGUUUUUUUUCGCCUGUAACAAACGGCGUUCAAGUAGUGCCUCGUGUUUGUUCCAACGUUGCAACAAUGUGUGUAUAUGAAGAACAAAACAGCACAAAUUACCGUAUGCCUCAAUCGCGAGUGGACAUACCAACGGGAGGAUGGCUUGAAAUAACAACGUGUACUGGGAUUCUUCAACUUUCGGACAGUUGGUCCAAAAAGACAACAGAUACUAUCCACAGCCGUUGAAGUAAGGUACAAAGAAAAGAUGCCUCCGAAGCUACCAACUGUUUUUGGAAGGCUGUUUAAAAGUCGUGAGAAAAUUCUUGCAAUGAGGUACAUUCGUUGUAUACUGUCAUUUAACAGAAAAUGAGUAGAAGUCAAUUCAUAGCAAUUAGAAAUGUAGUCCAACCGGUAAACUAGAACGGAUAUA